GGCCACUGCUCCACAUUAAACACCCCGCAUUCAUAAAAACGCAAAAAAAGGAAAGAGGAACCAUCUGACAAGAGCAGCAUCAUCCACUGGUCGCUGCCUCACUGUUUACUGCGCUCAGCUCGUCACCAGAACAGAAACCAGCACACACACACACACACCGAGGGGAGAAAAAUGGCCAAAAGUGAGAGGCAGAGAAGAAGUUUGAAGAGUGAGGAGUUCUUCUUCGAUUCCGACGCGUCUCUCUUGGAUCAGCAGGAUUUCGAUAUGUCUAGUUGUCCUUUCAAUGACGUCUUCAACUCCAAAGACUCCCACAUGGAGCAGAUCGACACUUUUCUGAAAAACGUACAAGUUUUGCUGGAGGCUGCUCGGUUUCUGGAGAGCUCCGACAGGAAGGACGGAAAGUGUGAGCACGGGUAUGCAUCGACGUUUCCGUCAAACAGCCAGAACACAAACUACCAGAGGCAAAGAAAAUUCCGAAACAAGAAGUUCAGCAGUAAUCACAAUAGGUCCACACAUAAUGAGCUGGAGAAGAAUAGACGAGCUCACCUGCGGCUGUGUCUGGAGCGGUUGAAGGCCCUCAUACCUCUGGGACCAGACUGCAACCGGCACACCACCCUGGGCCUGCUCAACAAAGCCAAAGCACACAUAAAGAAACUUGAAGAGGCGGACAGGAAGAGCCAGUACCAGCUGGAGUCUCUGGAGCGCGAGCAGAGGCACCUCCAACGCCAGCUGGAGCUGCUGAGGGGAGGCAGCAGUGCUGCGGCCCAGAGCAGCCCAGGGGAGGGCGAGAGGAUACGCAUGGACAGUGUAGGCUCAACCCUCUGCUCCGACCACUCCGACUCUGACCAAGAGGAGAUCGAGGUGGACGUUGAAAGCACGGAAUUCUCCCAUGGAGAGCUGGACAGCGUCAGCACAGCCAGCACCAGCGACCUGGACGACCACAGCAGCCUGCAGAGCAUGGCGAGCGACGAGGGCUACUCCUCCUGCAGUGUCAAACUUGCCUUCCCCUCCUAGAGUCCGACACCACCUCCACCUCCACAGCCACCACCUCCACCUCCCUCGCCAAACCUGCCUGUCCGCCUACGCACACAUCCGACGGAGGCCACGCCCCCACAGCUAACCGCCUUUGUGUCGCUUCAGCAGCGCUUCCUCCUGCUCCGAGCCUUUAGUUUCCCCCGCUCCUCCUCCUCUUCCUCCUCACGCUGCUGGUGGAGGCACUCCACUGCGAGCUCUUCCUCACCUCUGAGCUUCGAGCCGGCCCGACUGACACGCCCACAGCAGGGACGCCAACACGCCGAUGUGAGGCAGCCAGCUGGUUUAAACCGUCUUUGAAGGGGAGAUCAAACAUCUUCAUCUUUGAACCCAAAUGAAGAGUCUGAAGUUUUCAAACACACGACCCCUGAGUUCAUCCAAAAUGCACUUAAACGAUCUCUCCUGGUGUGUGUGUGUGUGUGUGUGUGCGUGAGUGCGUGUGACCUUACGCCAUAUCGACGCAGCUUACCCCCUCGACGUCUCCUCAGCCCUGAAUUUAAGCCUUCGUCUUACCCCCCUUCUGUGUUUUUUUUUUUUGCCUCUGCUCCACACUGCAGAGGCACAGACACUUGAACUGGUGCUAUUGUGAAACAAACCAACGGGGGGGAGCAGGUCAGAUCCACCGCCACAAAGCUUUUAAAGCCAACGCUGUGCGGCUGCCACGGUCGUCUCCAGCAGAGCACUCGAGGAAGAACGACCACGAACAGAAACGGAGGGUGGGGAAAACAAGCAUUCCUGACGGAAGUGGGUGCUCAGUGCGAAUCAUAACAGGUGUGUGUGUGUGUGUGUGUUUCAUCCCUGCACUCGCCUACUUUAGAGCUGUCCAUAAAAAAAAAAAACGGCACAAACACAGAAACACGACGACCACAAACGUCUCUCCAGCAGUAACAAGCAAUAACUCCUAGGCUCCGCCCCCUCCUCCCUGAAGACUGUGUGACCGUCCGACAAGCUAACGUCCUCCUUCUUUUGUACAUACGAGUAGUUUAAUAAAUGAAACUUCAAAAAAGGAGAAGAAGAAAACAAAGGUGGAGCUCCCGGGUGUUUGUGUUUUUAAAAAGAUCUCUUCCUGUGGCGGCCAAUGACAUGCGGAUGGACUCUCUCACUUUGUUCUGGAAACAUUGGGAUGUUUUUUUACGCUGUCGCCGCCACGAGGAGAAAAAAAAAAAAAGUUGAAUCAACUUCCCCCCGUCGAGCUGGUGGAGGAGGCGGAGUCUGUGUGGCGCUCUUUUUAUUUAUUCGACUCUUUCUCCUUUUUGUUUGUUAGUGUUCAUGAAAUGUGGGGGAGGGGGGGUCGGAUGGGGGGAUGGGGGGGUUUGUGGCAUUCCACUGGCGGUCAGGUAAUCUGUGGAGAGAGAGCGUGAAGCGUGCAGGGAAGAAAAACGGGUGUUUAUGAUGUCAUUGCUCGCCAUCCAGACUCCACUGGCAUUAAGAGUUGCACUUCAGCCACACUGCUUUCUUCUUCCGUGUUUUUAUUUCCCCUCGUGUCUCCGUCUCUCUCUCUCUCUCUCUCUCUCUCUCUCUCUCUCUCUCUCUCGUUCACCCUUUUGUAUGUGAAAGUAAACGCCACCUUUUCAAACUAUUUAUUUCUCACUCCCCCGGCGAGCGCGAGCAGCGGCGAGACAGACGGCCUCUGACUCGUGUUCGCUCUCAUUCCUCUCGCUCCUUAUUCCAAGAGUUGUAUAUUUGAUGGGUUUAUUGUUAUUUGUCUUUUUUCUGGGGGGCGGCGGGGGGGAUAAGAAAUGUAGCCAUUUUGUUUUCUGAUGUUUUACUCGAUGGACACUUGAAAUGUAAUUGGGCCCCUAAGCUGCUCUUAGUGCUGAGCCUCGCCUGGUUAGAGUCCCACGCCGUGUGAGGAGACGACUCCCCCGACCAGCACACACCGGACAACGGGAUAGGCCGGAAGACUAAACCGCUCCAUGCUCCGCCUUCAGAGGCGGGUCCAAACACACGUAGGCGGGUAUUUCUCUGAACGUAUCUUCUUCUGAGCGUUUUGACCUUUCGUACACAAAUGGCGUUUUAAAACUCUCCUUUAGUAAAACUCCUCCCACGGCGAAGAUGUUCAGAAACUCUGUUAAAGGUGUUUCUGUGUCGACGGGGAGAGCGUCACGCUGUGCGCCGGUUUCUCCUCCGUGUGACGUCAUCGUGCGACUCUGUCUCUCUUAGUUUACAUGAGAUUAGAGCGAUGGUAGACGUAACCAAACUAGCGCUGGUGCUAACGUUGCUAACUGGACUUUUUACACACUCACACAUACACACACAGUUACUCUCCCACUAUGUGGAACGAGCAGAGACCCCUGAUUGGAUGACGGAGGUCACUGCUGAUUCAUAAAAGACUCCCACCGCACAAACCACGCCCACAACGCCAGCUGUUUUUAGAAGAGACCCGGUCAGACUUUGGGUUGGUGGGACGACUUUAAAAAUGAAAUGGUCAUUGCAGAGGAGUGGGGAGAAAAUGUUCUUAUGUCUGAGACAUCGUUGUUAACCUUCCUUUAAACCCGCCUACGUGUCAACCAGGUCUCGUAUUAACUCCUCCUCUCCGGUCGUGUUUGAGAGUCCGUCUCCUCAGUCGUCGAUAGCCGAGACUUUCCGGGCAGAUGUUGAGCCAGCUCCUACCCGAUGAAAGGGGGUCUAACGCUCCACGUUCCUCCGAGUCGAGGAUUGUAGUCUCUAUUAGACGUGUGUUUUAGUCGACAAAAUGUGUCUUACCUUUUACAAAACAAGGCCUCCGAUUGAGGUUUUAAAGAUGAAAUAUAUAUGGGAAAAAAAAGAAACAGAACAAAUCCUUUGCUUUCUCUGAAGGACGUCGUGAAGGUGGAAAGUUUAACGCCAGCUGUGGUCACGCUGAGUCACCACAUUUAGGUGCCGGAUUUUACAGAAGAAGAAAAACCACCAAAACCACCUCAGAACACCUCAGUGUCCUCGCUCUCUCUCUCUCUCUCUCUCUCUCUCUCUUUUUCUCUCUCCUCUCUCUCUUUUUCUCUCUCUCUCUUUCUCUCUCCUCUCUCUCUCUCUCUCUUUCUCUCCUCUCUCUCUCUUUCUCUCCUCUCUCUCUCCUCUCUCUCCUCUCUUUCUCUCUCUCUCUCUCUCUCUCCUCUCUGUCUCUUUCUCUCUCUCUUUCUCUCUCCUCUCUUUCUCUCUCUCUCCCCUCUCUCUCUCUUUCUCUCUCUCUCUACCCCUCCCUCCCUCUCUCGUUUUGAGGGACAGUUUACAUUUAUUCCUCCCCCGUUUAAGUUAUUAACCUUCAGAUUCUCGUUGUUUUUUUGUUCUCUCGUCUUCAUUAUGUCGAUGUGAUGAACCUGCACUGCGGACAGGAACAGAAAAAGGUCCCACGUUUGCAGACUUCAGUGGGCUGAUCAGACUUGUGAUUCGUCAUCAGAAGGCGAUCUAUCCAGCAGGACGCGUCCUAACCGGCGGUGCUGUUGCGUCCUUAUCAGAUCUAACUGUUGCACUGAGCGUUAAUGGCCCUCGCCGCAGACUGCUCAGAGUUAUUAUUUUAAAGACCACCACGAUCAUAUCUUCAUGUGCUGGAGAUCACAAAGCUAUAUUCUUACCUCCGGGUUUCAGGUCAGGUGUUUUCAUGCGGGUUUCACUCUCCAAGAAUGUCCAGUUCCAGUUUUGCAGCUUGGCCAGCCGUGCACCAGCUCCGACAAAAAGUGGACGUUGCAGUGUUUUUUUAGUUUGUCUGUAAACCACACUCCAUGCUGGCGUCGGUCUCACAGGAGGUUUGACUUUGAGUAGGACGCUCCUCCUGAUGUUCUAAACCUGUGGCCAUCCUUUGUAAAACAUGCAGUCUGAUGAUGAUGAUGAUGAUGAUGAUUCUAGCCGUGUAAGUUGAAGAUGCAAUACUUACAAUAAAAACACCAAGAUUUCCAAACCUCAA